UUGAUAACCCAUGGUAUGAAACUAACCGAUUUAUUGUAAUAAAGACUCGAUAUUUAAUCAAUGUUCCUAAAAUUUUCAUAUAAUUUAAAAUUAAAAACAUAUUAGUACAAUUGGCGAUAACCACAAAUGUGACGGCUUUACAACAUUCGAGCCACCCCUCUCAUAUAAAAGGUCCUGUCUUACGCAAUUAUUGCAGUGUAAAUCGAGUCAUCCAACAUGUCAGGAACUCGCGCCCGUUUACGUAUCGGCGUUUUGGCAAUCCAGGGAGCGUUCUUCGAGCACAGAGCGGCAUUGCUCAAAGCUGCGAAGAAUUCGACCUUCAGCAGAAGCAUUGACGUCGAGGUUUUAGACGUCAGGGAACCACAUCAGUUGUCGGACUUGGACGGCCUGAUUCUACCCGGAGGGGAAAGCACCACCAUGAGUUUGUUCCUUCAGUCUAGCAACUUUGAAGACGAGUUGAAAGACUGGGUCGCUUCCAAAGAGAAACCCAAAGUUGUGUGGGGAACAUGCGCUGGUUUGAUUUUACUUUCAAAUGAUAUAGAGGCUCAGAAAGAAGGUGGACAAUCAAAGAUUGGUGGUAUUGAUGUCACAACUUCCAGGAAUUUUUUUGGACGUCAGGUGAACAGUUUUGAGGCAAAAGUCAACCUUCAUGAUAAAUUCCUUUUUGCUCAAAGUGGGACUGUUAAUGGAUGCAGUAAUGGGGACACUGAUACUGGUUACCACGGUGUUUUUAUUCGGGCUCCGGCAGUCGUGUCAGUCAACAGUCCUAAAGUUGAAGUCCUAGCAACUGUUGAUUUGCCGCAAAGAGAAGAACCUGUAGUUGUGGGUGUGGCUCAAGACAACUUGAUCGCAACUGCAUUUCAUCCAGAAUUGACAGAGGAUACAAGGUUUCAUGCAUAUUUUUUAAGGCAGAUUUUAGAGAGGACAAAUACAGGAGAAAAAGAUGGAAACUGAGAAAAUAAUUAACAAUUCUACUGUUUGCCAAGCCAACGGUGAAAUUGUUCAGCGGUGUGUCUUCAGAAUUGGUACAUGUGGAAAGAACUGAGACACAUCAAGCAUUUUAAAGUCACUUUGCACCAAGAAAAAUGUAACUAAGUUAAAUUAUUAGAAGUAAAAUAGCCCAGAAGAAUUAGUAUAAAUUUUAAAUUAUUGACUCCAGAACAUGGUGUUGGUUUUUCACUGGUGUGUGUAGACAGUGGAAUCUAGAUUUCUUGAACCUUCAAGGGAAACAAAAUCUAAUAAUGGUUUGGGAAUUCAAAACUGUUAGAUAUCUGGGUUAAAUUAUGCUGAAACCUAUCCAAGGGAGCUGACUUUUGUUUUGAAAAUAGGAAUUCCACAUUGUGGUAUCUUUGUGUACAAUUUGGAAGGCUAUGGUUAUGCUGAUUUUAUUUAAAUUAUUUGUAUUAAUUCUUAUCACUUUAUUGUCAUUGUGACUGGCUUCUUUUACUACUGUACUAAGUUAUAUUUAUGGUAUAAGUUUUAAAAGGUAUUUACUCAUUUACUCAAGAUGUAAUUUAAUUGCAAAGACAGCUCAGAUAAAGUGCUUUAUUUAUUUCUAGUAUCUCAUGUAAUUUUCAGGAUUAUUCCCCCCCCCCCCC